GUUAACUCCUGCAGUUCCACUCCUUGAAACUUCAAAUUGGUGGAAUUGAGAUUCAUCGGAACAACUUUUAGAUAAAGACAUAUGGCACCAAGAAUGAAUAUUGACGGAAUAACUCCUGACACUCUUGAUUGGACUUGCAAAGUUCAAAUUGUGGACAUGAGUCGACCUCGACUAAGUUUGGAAAAAAAAACUCGAUUCCAAAAUCUGAUUUUGGAAGACGAACAGGAAUAACAAAUCAGGGCAGCUGUAUAUGGUGAUGAUAUUGACUAUUAUGCAGAGAAGCUUGUAAUAUUUGAUACAUAUCUAAUCUCUACUGCCAGGGUGAAAGUUUCAGUACCUUCGUAUGGAAGAAUAAUACAUAAAUUUUAUUGGGUUCUUGAUAAAGAAGGUCUAAUUGAACACGUCGAACCAGAUAACGAGCUUGAGAAACCUCUGUUGCCACCGACCAACCUACAUACCACAACUUUUGCGAGUAUUGCUAAUAUGACUCCAGCUCCUAAUGCAGAAAUUGAUAUUAUAGGAGUUGUUCUCCGUUGUGGCCCUUCAAAAUAUGCUGGCCGCACUAAAAAUAGGUGUCGCGAGGUUACUAUUGCUGAUGAUCAACGAAACCAAUUUCUGCUCACUUUAUGGGAUGACUUCGGAGAAAUUGAAGGAACUGAAUUGGAAGCUCAAAUGGAAAAUGGUAAAGAGUUCCCUAUAAUCCUUGGAAGGAACAUUGGAGUCUCUGGUUAUCAAGGUUUAUCCUUGCAAACUAGAUUCAACUCCACAAUACGCAUAAAUCCUACUUAUCCUCAGGCAUUGCAACUGAUCAGUUGGGCAAAAACAAACAAAAAUGUACUUUCAGGCAAUGUGUCGGCCAACUUCGCAGGGUCAUCCACUACUGUUAUCAUGAAUCCUGUGCAUCGACAAGUCAUUUCUAUUGCAGAAAUUAAAUUAGCAGCUUCAGCCGAAAUGUCAAUAUCAGAUGACCUUCAAAAGUUUUGCGUGCUAGAAUGUUCGGGCUGCAAACAGAAAAAGCGCACAAAAGACAGAAAGCAGUUUGAUUGUGCAAAAUGUCAAAGAAAGACAACAUUAGUGCCUCAGUGUACCUUCCAAAUUGAUCUGAUUGAUGGCAACGGUUCAACAACUGCUUUCAUUUCUGGUGAUCCUGCUGAAAAACUUCUCUCCAUGAAGGCAGAGGACAUAUUUUACACAACCUGCGUCAAGAACCAACUUCUCUGUGUUGAUCAGACCCAACAAAUAUUGUCGAACAGACUAUUUUACAUUCAACUGAGGAAGUUAUCCUGGACAAGCUCACCUGUUACUCAAUCAAGUCUAACAAGUCUGUCCUACACAGAAAAAGAGCAUGUAUCUCUACCAAGCAGUAGCGAGAGGAGCAUUAAAAAGGCGAAAUCGUUAGACGCAAAUGAAGUAGAGAUGAAAGCAACAUUUGUCAAAUCUGAAUCUUCCAGCAAUGAUAUCUCAAUUGAACCACCCACGCCAAUCAAGAAGCUGUGA